AUGGUCAGAAAAAAACGUGUUUUAAGUGACCAAACCAACUUACAGGAAUCAAAAAAAAUUAAGCAUCCUGAGGCCCUUCAAGAAUUAUACAGACUUCAACCUAGUUUUAAUGGAAAACAGCCAAAUUCCUCUGGUUCUAGCUUAGCUUCAAUAUUGAGAACAACAGAACAAAUCCCGUAUUGGAAAGUAAACAAUUCAGCAAGUAUAGUAGAGGUUACAUCAUUAGUUAAGACAAAUAUUACGUCUAAGAAAGAAUUUUUUGGUGUAGGGAUAAGAGAAAUUGUUAAUGGAAUAGGAAUAACAUUUUUUGGAAAAGAAUGUAAAGUAGAAAAGAAUUUAACUAUAAGAUGGCAUGAUAAUUUAAUUUCUUAUGAUAUGAAUGUUUUUGAAAAGAGCGUUAAAAAAAUAGAUGGAAUUGAAACAGGAAUUGCAAUUGAAAGAAAUCUUUUUGAAAUAAAUAAAACGGUUGAAUUUGUAUCUAAAGCAAAAUUAUGUCCUGGACAAAUAACUAAAGAUUUUGAACAAGUGGUUAAACUUCGGGGCAUUAAUCUUGUAAAUAAUCAAAAAAAUUCCAAUAAUAUUCAUGAAGUUUUCGCAACUUUGGAAAAUCAAGGUCAAUCUAACGAAGCUUACAGAAGGAUAGACUGUGAUUUAUUAAUAAAUAAAAUAAAUAUUUGCCAAAAUUGUCAGAAAUUAAAGGAUACAUUGACAAAAAUAAGAAAUCGAAAUCUUACUGGUACCUUAUCUACAACCCUAUAA